GGCAAGUUUCGCUCAUCCAACCAGAGAAACCUUGAAAUUCUCUCCUCUCUCUCUCUCUCUCUCUCUCUCUCUCGAUUUUAACAAAACACAAACAAAAAAAACACACACACAGAGUUUCUCUCUUUUUUUCUUUGAAGCUAUGAAAAUGGAAAUAGAAUCGAGCCCACCAGAGGUGGCGAAGAAACUAUGGAACAUUGUACGGAUAGUGUUCUACAUGGUGAGGAAAGGUCUAUCAAAGAGCAAAAUAAUGGUAGACCUCCAUCUGAUGAUGAAAAGAGGGAAGAUGGCGGGAAAAGCCAUAGCCAACAACAUCUUCCUCCACCAAUACCACUCUUCGUUCAGUUGCCGAUCCAACGACGCGCUCAACUUCGUCUCUCCCAGAGAGUACGAGUUCAGCUGCAGCAACAGUCCUUCUAAUCCAUUCCAUUUCAACCACAAGCGCAACAGGCACCACCACCACCUGUUCUCCAAAUCCACCUACCGAUACGACGACGUCACGACGGUUACGGCCGUUCAGAAAGUGCUCGAGAUAUAUCUUAACAACAACAACAACAAUAAUAAUAGUAAUGACGUGGCGGUUGAAGCGUCGCCGUUGGUGAGUUUGCCAGGGUUCGGGAAAAGUCCGAUGGUUAGACAGUUGAGAAUAACGGACUCUCCGUUUCCGUUGAAAGACGAACAAGCUGGAGAUGGUCAAGUUGAUAAGGAAGCUGAGGAGUUCAUAAAGAGGUUUUAUAAGGACCUUAAGUUGCAGAAAAGAAUGGCGACUCUUGAAUCUCCAGCACAUAACAUUUGGGGUCGAUGAUGCAAAUUAAUACGUAUAUAUGUAUUGGCGCUCUUCUUUGUUCGUGGUUCUUGUGGUGACAUGAUUGUCAAUGGAGAUUAAAACAGAGAGAUAUAUGUACACCAAUUAAUACAUGUAUUUGUGAAAUUCGAUCCGAAAGCUUGACAUAGCCCUCCACUUUGAGCAGUAUGAACUUUACUUUUCUUUU